GUUUCUGCUGAAGGCGCUGGACCUCUUCUGGCACGAGGACUGUCUCAAGUGCGGAUGCUGUAACUGCAGACUGGGAGAGGUAGGCUCCACGCUCUACACGAAGGCGGACCUCAUCCUCUGCAGGAGAGACUACCUCAGAUUAUUUGGCAACAAUGGACUUUGCUCUGCGUGCUCUAAAGUGAUCCCUGCCUUCGAAUUGGUGAUGAGGGCCAGGAACAACGUGUACCACCUGGAGUGCUUCGCCUGUCAGCAGUGCAGCAACAGGUUCUGUGUGGGCGACCGCUUCUACCUGUGUGACAACAAGAUCCUCUGCGAGUACGACUACGAGGAGAGACUCAUGUUCGCCAGCAUGGCGUACAACCCUCCAAACUUCGCACAUCUUAAGCUACAGACCAGCCAUUUACCGACGACCUCGCUGAACGGUGCCUCGGCGGGUUUCCGAACAUCCAGCAUGACUCCGCCGUUGACGGGUGACGUGAACAACAACUAUACCGCAUCGUUGCACCUAGGCGCCGGGAGGUGAAACUAGCAGCGACAAGUGCUGCCAUCUCCAGAGAGACGGACUGGCUGACUGAGUUUCAGGCCCUCGUACAAACCACCGGUAAUGGCCGCUGGUUUCCAUGAUGUCCGGGCCACUGACUUGUGUCUUUGCCGCAGGAUUACCGACAUUUUGAGUGAUUAGAAUAUGGUGCCUAGAAAAAAGAACGAUUAGCAUAGAAUUGAAGCUGAUAUCGAAAGACUUACUAAAAUAUUUACUCUUCCUUUUUCUUCCAAAAUAAUCUCAUGAUAAAGUCUCGAUAUGGUUAAAAUUUCGGUGUUAUAAAAGUGGCAAAACUCUCCCUAGAAUCACACGUACCUUGUUAUAAAAUUCGGAUCGGGCCAUUCACUAUUUACGUGUUCAUUUGUCCAAACGCGCUGUUACUUAAUUUCAUGUACUUCUGUUUCACAAGUUAGCGUCAGGUCAGUUUGACAAAGAAUAUCUAUCGCACUUCAGUGUGUAAAUACGCCGUAUUUUACUGCCAUCUUUGGUCACUUCAGUGUACUUUGCAGUAACAGCUUACGGCGUUCUGAGUGUUCUUUCACGUAAGUUCAAACAUGCAAACGAAAUAAAUGAAUAUUUACGAAAUAUUAUUGCGUCUGAACGAGAUUAAGUGGAAACUUCAGCGAGGUACCAUGACAAUUUAGCCUUCAGAGGUCUGUAUAUCGCCAGUCCGUCUCUAAUAGAUACAUUUUAGUGAAAACAACCGCGUAGUGACGGAAGCAGUCACAGACUCAAUAUAACUGAAUUCUUCCACAAUUUGAAACCAUAGAAACGGCCGGUGCUUUGGUAAAGCAUUGCAGAUGUGCAAUUGUUUCCACAGAAGAACAAUUAUAUGUAUUUUAAAACUUUAUUCUUAGCCGUAGAUUUUCGCGGCUGGAGUUCAGUAAGUAACUACAGCUUUACGGCGAGAGCCGCGUCGAAUAUUUCGUAUUAACCGACGUUUCGGUAAACAUUACAGAUGUCAUUUUCAAGGUGGGGUCAUUUCAGAAGGCCUUGAAAAUUGCAGGAGAAAUAUUUUCAAAAACGAUGGAUUCAGUAUUUUAAGUAUGGGCCUACGUUUCACAGAGUAAGGUGACGUAGGCUUAAUAACUGGUCAUGAUUAACGUAGUUGUUAUGACCGCGUUUUGGUAUAGGCGUAAUAAUUUAUAGAUGUAUUCUACAACAUCAUGAGCAAUUCUGAUGGUCCGUUGAGCACAAGUUUGGUUACCGACGCUGAGGAACGUAACGUGAUUAUGACGUAAGAAUGUGUUCUGACCAGUGAUGUUCCGGCUGAAGUAUGAGCAGGACGAUCUGCACGUUUAGAAGAUAUUCUUACAACAAAGAUUGGUUGCAUUUGUAAUUUCAACUUAAUUCUCACAAUCUUUGCAUUUUGUUUAAUGCUCUAGCACAGUAUUUAUUCGUUCGAAAUUUUGACUUAUUAGAAUCUCCCGUAAAAUUCACAAAUAUGUUUUUUUCCUAAGGCGUAUAAAUUUCAACAUAUUUGAAGCGAUAGAUUAGACAGAAUUUUUAAAAUUAAGUUAAUAUUGAAGUACUGUUUUAUAGAUUUUUACCUGUAGGCCUAUAAAUAUAUAUAUGUUUAAAUUUGUUGUAGUUGUAAUAGCCAUAAUUAAAUCUAAUGCAUUAUUACAUCUAAUGGGCGAAAGAUUUACAUUAAAACAAUAUACAGAAACAAGGCUUCUGUGAGCUUGGUCCGUAUUAAAAUAGCGAUUAGCUUGUUUCCUUGAACGUAUCAUUCUCCAUUACACUUGAUUUCAGGGACGGGAAUCAAUCUGUUCUUAUAUAAACUGGUCUGUUGAAACAAUUGCCUGUCUGCUGCUCUCAGCGCCACGUUCGACUGUGUUUCUACAAACGUUCCAAGUUACUUGUGUUUUCUGACUGUCAGAUGUUUGUACAGUGAUUUGCCUGUACAUACGAGUAUCUUUUUUCAUGGUGUGGAAGAUUCCACCCAAUUUGUAGGACGUACAAGUACGCCAAGCUGAGAAUUUAAAUGUAUCGUGGUAUAUUUUAGUCAUUGAAACCAAAGAGACAGAGAGAGAGAGAUGAAUCAAUGUAGGCCAGCCUGUGUGUGUACACCGAGGCCUGUGAGUCUGUGUGUAGAGGCGCUGAGGUCGGUGUCACCAAGCAAUGUUCACAAGCUGCUGAUGGCGUUUCGAGUAAACAUUGCCGAAAAAGACUAGCACCUUGGUAACCAGAAGAGAAGUGUGUUCACCGCGUUCAUUGGCAUGGUUACACGCAAUGUUCUAAUCCUUGUUCCCGCCAAACACUUAAAACUGCUUCUAAAUUUAUUUACACAACAGUACAGCUGUGAUCAGCGGUUAUUUUGUGUGUGCAGAUAAGGUACAGUUCAACGCGUGUCCAUGAACGUGUUAAUAAAGUUUGAUGAGCUGAGUCAAUUCUGGACAAGAAAUCAGAAAAAGACGCAGUGUUUAUAAAAAUAGACGGAAGAUGGUACAAGUUAAAACACGCCACAGAAAUCAUUGAUACGUCUUGGUCAAGAGACCGGAAUCUCGAAAUCGCCAGCAGUUGAAGCGAUUAAACAGUGAAUUUUAACUUAUUUAAUUAGCACAGACAACGAUUGCGUAUGCAGGGACGUAAUUUUAAGCACCUUUUCAAGGUACGUUAAUUUUUUUUUUAUUUCUCUCGUAUGGGGAAAAAAUCUUGUAGCGCUUGGCGUUUGGUCAUGCAGUUCCUGCCGGCAGUCGGGAUGAGAGUGUUGUGUUUGACGAUGGCAGUAGACGCACUGUAGAAGGUAGUGGUCUAUCGCGGUUUUGCAUGAUUCUCAGAAUAGAGAGCGUUUAUUUCCUUAAAUAUAAUUUGCAAGUUUAUCUUUGUAACGGAGAUGUGUCGUGUUUCCUUUUAUACACGAACUGAAAGUUUAAUAAUUCCUUCGAGGAACUUAAUGCUUUUAAAGUUUUUAGACAUUUACCAGGAAAAAUCCAACAUCAGGAAAGCGACUUCCCAAGUCGAGGUUCCAAUCCCGUUAAAACUAAACACACGAUUGGUUUUCGUGGUUGCAUCUGAGGGCAUU